AUGGCUCACCACCACCUCCACGCCCGCAGGCAUAUCGCGCCUCGCAACCCCGAUUUCUGGAACGGUGUUGGCAACAAGUUCAAGGACCUGAAUCCCUUCGCCUCCAGUGACGAGGACUCGGGAAGCAAUGGAGGUAAUCUCAAAAUCAGACAGGACGACGACGAUGAUGAUGCCACGACCACACGGCGCGCUAAUACGAAGAAAGGCCGCUCGACCGUUAUCAAAACCAUCUACCAGACCGUCACCGGUGACGAUGUCGUUGCCGCCCCUACGAGCACCACCUCCACCAAGUUGAUUGUCGCUCAAUCACCCCUCCCCACGAGGUCGAAACCGACGACUGUUGAUUCCACCGAGACCACCAUUGCCAGGGCCGGCGCACCCAUCAUCAAGACUGCCGACAGCUCAUCCACCACCACCGAUGCCGCAUCUACUUCGUCGCUUCCCUCGGUCAUCGAGGACCCCUUGACCGAGAGCAUCCAGACCACGCUCGCUAUCGCGACAGACGCGCCAACUUUCGCAAAGACCACCAAGACUGCCGCCGCCACUGCAGACAAUGCUAGCAUUAUCUCCAGCGCCUCUCCUAGCGCGACGUCAACCACGGAGAAGUCAACCAGCAACGAGACCAGCGGUGCCGCAAAGGCUGGCAUUGCCAUUGGUGUUUUGGCCGGUGUUCUAGUUGUCUUUUUGCUCGUCUUCUUCCUCUUCAACCGUCGCAAGAAGCAGAUGGAGCAGCAGCGCCUGGCUGACGAAGACGAGAAGAGCCAUGGAUUCGGAGCCGCCGCCGCCGCCGCUGGUAGCCAGAACCCCCGCGCUCCUCGCAUCAGCCUCCGCCCCGUCACCCAGUUCUUGCCCAACUUGAACCUCGACAAGCGCGCCAGUAGGGGACCUGCUGGAGGACCUGCCGUCAAUAUGAACACCAAUCUGGCCCCCGCUGCCGCUGCUCUGGGUCUUCGCAACCCUGGUCAAGGCGCCUGGGACAGACCGGCAACGAACCAGAGCUCGAACCCCGCGAACCCCUUCGGUGCUCAAGCCGAGAGAAUCAACGGUCCCAUCGCCGAGGAGUCCGUCAGCUCCAUGAGCCUCAAUGAGAAGCCUCUUCCCAACGUCGGCGAGCCUGCUCCGGGCACUACCGUGAGCGAUGUCCCCACCAACGCCGGUGCCAACGGUGCUGCUAUUGCUGCAGGUGCUGCCGCAGUUGGUGCUGGAGCCGUCGCUGCUGGAGGUCUGGCUCGCAAGGCGUCGACCCGCAAGGAUGGCCCCAAGGCUCUUGAUCUGACUCUGCCCGCGCCUCCUGCACCCUUGUCUACCAUCCCUGCUUCUCCCUCCGGAACCACGUUCAGCGCCGACUCUGCCGGCCCCGGUCACCAGUCUAAUGGAUCCACUGGCUCUGCUGCCAUUGCCGCCGCUGGAGGUCCCGCCAACACCACUGUUCACCGUGUGCAACUUGACUUCAAGCCUACACUUGAGGAUGAGAUGGAGCUGAGAGCUGGUCAACUUGUGCGCCUUCUCCACGAGUACGAUGAUGGCUGGGCGCUCUGCAUUCGCUUGGAUAGAUCCCAGCAGGGUGUUGUACCGCGCACCUGCCUCUCCACUCGCCCGGUUAAGCCUAGACCUCCUCAAGCCCAGGGACCUAACCAAGGACCUCCUCGUGGUCCUCACAUGGGCCCUGGUGCUCCCCGCGGCCCCGGUCCGAACUUCCCUCCUGGCCAGCGCCCCGUGAACCCCCAGGGAGGCCCGCCUUACCCCCGCCCUGAGUCGCCUGCAGGUCGUCCCAUGAACGGUGGCGGCCGACCUCAGUCCCCCGCCGGUAACGGCCCGAUGGGACCCGGAGGCCGGCCUCAAUCCCCUGGUCCUCGUUACCAGGGCCCUCCGGGACAGCGGCCGCAGAGCCCUAGCGGAAUGGGCGGUCGCAGGCCGAGCCCUCCCGGACCUAGCAGAAUCCCUCAACCCAGCCGAAUGAACCCCAAUGGCCCUCCCAACGGUCCUCCUAAUGGUCCCAUGAACGGACCCCCCGCUCAGGGCCAUCCAGGCCCACCACCGAUGGGACCUGUCGGCCGCAAGCCCGUCCCCGGACAGGCUGUGUAA